UUUGACAAUGCGAACCCCCCUCGUGAGUGCACAGAUGCCCAACAACGUUUGCUGGUAACCACUGGAAACCCAAAGCAGAAGGGAAAGAAGUGAAUGUAACCACCAAUAGUUUCAGCAUGAAAUGAAAACAGCGUCCCCGGAUAAUUGAAGAUAACGGUCAUCGCAUGGAAAUCCGCAACAGUUUAAUGAAACGGAGCUUUACUUUAUGAGAAUGCAAAGAGGCAGAGGAAAGAUGGAGAGGAAAAGGACAGAAGAGCAGAAUCAGAAGAGAUUGAGGGUCUGUGUGGCGACAUGCAACAGAGCAGACUACUCCAAGCUCGCCCCCAUCAUGUUUGGGCUCAAAGCCCAUCCGGAAGAGUUUGAACUUGAAGUUGUGGUGCUUGGCUCCCAUCUCAUUGAUGACUAUGGGAACACUUUUCGUAUGAUUGAGCAGGAUGACUUUGACAUUGGGUCCAAGCUUCACACCAUUGUGAGAGGAGAGGAUGAGGCAGCUAUGGUCGAGAGUGUUGGGCUGGCACUUGUGAAACUCCCUGAUGUCCUACAGAGGCUGCAACCAGACAUCCUGGUCGUUCAUGGUGACCGUUUUGAUGCGUUGGCUCUAGCAACUGCUGCAGCGCUGAUGAACAUCAGAAUACUUCACCUGGAGGGAGGAGAGGUGAGUGGUACGAUUGAUGACUCAAUCCGCCAUGCCAUCAGUAAACUGGCCCAUUACCACGCCUGCUGCACACGUAUGGCAGAGCAGCACCUCAUCGCCAUGUGUGAGGAUCACUCUCGCAUCCUGCUGGCUGGUUGCCCUUCAUAUGAUAAGCUGCUAUCAAAUCAUCACAGAGAGGACUACAUGGAUGUUAUUAAGAGCUGGCUGGGUGACAAGGUGCAGGAGCGUGACUACAUAGUGGCUUUGCAGCACCCAGUUACCACUGACAUCCAGCAAUCCAUCAAGAUCUAUGGGUUAAUGCUGGAUGCCCUGCUGUCCUUCAGCAAAAAGACCCUCAUCCUCUUCCCUAACAUUGAUGCUGGAAGUAAGGAGAUGGUGCGUGUGAUGCGAAAGAAGGGCAUCGAGCAACACCCCAACUUCCGGGCAGUGAAGCACGUUCCCUUUGAGCAGUUCAUCCAGCUGGUGCGUCAUGCUGGCUGCAUGAUCGGGAACAGCAGCUGCGGAGUACGAGAAGCUGGGGCCUUCGGAACCCCUGUCAUUAAUCUGGGAACAAGGCAAAUUGGCAGAGAAACUGGUGAAAACGUUUUACACGUCAGAGAUGCCGACACUCAUAAUAAGAUCUACCAUGCUCUAGAGCUGCAGUUUGGAAAGAGAUACCCCUGCUCUAAGAUUUAUGGUGAUGGCAACGCAGUGCCUCGCAUCCUCAAGUUUUUACGCACCAUUGAUCUGGAUGAGCCCCUCCAGAAGACUUUCUGUUUCCCUCCAGUGAAGGACUCCAUCUCCCAGGACAUCGAUCACAUCCUGGAGACACAGAGUGCUCUGGCUGUUGACCUCGGAGGAACCAACCUCAGAGUGGCCAUUGUCUGCAUGAGGGGGAACAUAGUAAAGAAGUAUACUCAGAGUAAUCCAAAGACCUUCGAGGCCAGGAUGCAGGUCUUAUUGAAGAUGUGUGCAGAUGCCAUGCAGGACGCAGUGUGCCUCAACUGUAGAAUACUUGGUGUUGGGGUGUCCACAGGUGGGCGUGUAAACCCACAAGAAGGUGUGGUUUUGCACUCCACAAAACUGAUCCAGGAGUGGUCCUCAGUGGACCUAAGAACACCCAUCUCUGAUGCCCUGCACCUGCCUGUCUGGGUCGACAAUGACGGCAACUGUGCCGCUUUGGCUGAGAGGAAGUUUGGUCAUGGAAAAGGGGUGGAGAACUUUGUCACUGUUAUCACAGGAACUGGUAUUGGAGGAGGGAUUGUCCAUCACAAUGAGCUGGUCCAUGGCAGUACCUUCUGCGCUGCAGAGCUGGGGCACAUCAUGGUUUCAUUAGACGGCCCGGAGUGUUCGUGUGGCAGCAGAGGUUGCAUAGAAGCCUACGCGUCCGGCAUGGCCCUGCAGAGAGAGGCCAAAAGGCUGCAUGACGAGGACUUCUUAAUGGUGGAGGGGAUGGAUAUGAAGCUCUCAGAGCCGAUCACAGCAGCCCACCUCAUCAGCGCAGCCAGACUGGGGAACUCCAAAGCUGAUGCUGUUUUGUUCAAGGCCUCCACAGCACUAGGCGUGGGUAUCAUUAACAUCCUCCACAUGGUGAACCCUGCGCUGGUGAUUCUCUCCGGAGUCUUGGCCUCUUACUACCAAGUGCCAGUGCAACGUAUUAUCUCUGAGAGGGCCCUCAUCUCUGCUCAGAGCAUCAAGGUUGUCACAUCAGACUUGGAGGAACCUGCUUUACUUGGGGCAGCUAGCAUGGUGUUAGACUAUGCAACCAGAAGGAUAUAUUGAAGAAUAUACUGGUAGUCCUGAUUUACUCAGGGCUACUGCCGAACUCAAAGUAGUGGCUAUACAGCCCAUAUAGAUACGUAAGCAUAUCUAGGGGAUACAUUUUGAAGGCAAGAGUGAAAGACAAUUCAUUCAAACCACCAUGCGUUUACUAAAAGUUUAAAAAUUUUUAAAUGUGUAUUUAAUUUUUUUUCCUGGUUGAUAACCACAGUGAAGGCAGUUUUUAUGCAAAUUCUCAGUCCUUUGAGAAUCAUGCCUUCACCAGGCCAGAUGUUGGCCAGAUUCCUGGAUAUGUCAUGUAUAAAGUGGGUCCAUUGCACAGGCCAGACAUCCCACCACCUUUCUUGCCUUUAUAGUCUAGGUUUAUUGAAGCCCCUGAGCCCAUUUGAGCAAUUAUGACGUAAUGAAAACAGAUAUUUUCAGGCCAAGAUUACCCGGACAGGGUAGGACUCUCCCACUUCACUCUGCUGUUUGUAAUGUGACGGGUGUGGAUGGCAAAGUCAGUCAGGAUAGAAGCUUGUUUCAGAUGUGACCAAAAUAUUACUGAAACAUCAUCCUGUAGCUUCCUCUCAACUCUUGCUCUCUCACUUUUCUAUAAAUCUUGUGUUGAGUUUUCAUUCUCGAUUCUGAAAUAUUUUUGAGAAAUGAAUAACUGUAAAGUUAUUGUUACCUUUCUGUGCUUUGUUAUAAAUUAAAUUAUUUAAGAUUUUCAAAGAAAAUUUAAGUGCUUUAAGAUGACUGGUCUUGAGGGUCCUGAAGAAACAGGUAGACUGAGCUUUAUUAACAAAGUGUUAAGGCAGUAGAUGCUUUAACCUCAUAGCUGCUACAGAGUGGUGAGGGCCAUCAAUCAUGUGCCUGAAGCAGUUGGUAAUUAUUUUUUUUUUCAUUUUCCAUGACAUUACCACAGACCUUACGAAUAUUCGAACUGAUUUUGAAAGUUUUCGUCAUGCCUUCUGAAGUUGUGUUUUGCCUGAAAAUAUUUACUUGGUUUGUAUGUACUGUUACAUGCUGUAUUGUACAUGCUUAUUGAAAUUUUUAGAUUAAUUUCUUUGUAUUUUUUAAUAUCCAAAUACUGUAAAUACACUGUUUGGUUUUGAAUAUACCUAAGGAAUCAACUUUAUUUAAGUCAGGCAAUAAAGAAACUGAUGACAGA